AUGAUGGUGGACCGCGUGGAAUGCUCGGGCGUCUACAUCGACGACCGAGUUCGGUCGGAGAGAUGGGUGCGCAGAACCUCCAUUGACGCUACCUCAACCGUAUCCUCGAGUCGCUCUCUUACCCUACCCGAAGAGCCGGACGCGCUGCAGACCGAUGUGGAUCUACUGUUGGGCGUGUGUAAGAAGAUCUAUAUGUGCCAGAGUGGAGCCUCCUUCGCCAUGAAACUCGCCGAGCUGAGCGAUCGUUCCGGUAGCGAUUGUACCCCGAUAUUCGCCUUCUUCGGUAUCAACUUCAGUAGCGACGAACACAGUGUCGCCCGGCGCAAGGCCAGCCGAGCCUCGUGGAUGACAGACGGUGGCCCGCCGUCGCCCGGUUCUAUUCAGCGCACCUUUACCUUUUCCUCCCAUUCGGACGAAGCACCCGGAUUAUCACUCCUCUCUGGCGUCUCAAAUGAUAUCCAAGUUCAAGGUGGCCCGAAGCUCGUCGUUCCUAUCGCCAUUCUGCGCACCGCUGGCUCGGAUGCGCCUGAGCCGACAAGCGAGCCGCAGAGUAAGCACCCGGUCACUCUAGAACACAAGCAGAUUGCGCGGUGUCUCGAUGCCGGUGCGGUCGAUGUCUUGAUGACGCCCCUUGAUCGCUCUAGGAUCCAGGGUCUUGUGGUUCAUGCCUACCGGUAUCAUCGGUCGGCCCAGAGGGAAAUGUCGCGAUUCUUGGCACACAAAAAGAACCGGAAACUCUCCUGGGUUGGCGUUCACGAUGAACAGCCGUAUGCCUAUCUGAGAGAGGCAAUGGUCUCCAAACUCAUGAAAGGAAUUUGCAACCCGGAGGAGAUUGUUGAUGAGUUUCAGGAACGGUAUGUCUCAUCUUCCCGUCCAGCAUCGGGAUCCAUGCACUCAUUUGUUUUAUCCAGGGAAAUCCAUGUGCAACCGAGCCGUGAACUUUUCGUCAAAACGCAGGUUGGAAGUUGGAGUUUCUGUGCUCACGAAUUCUCCGAGGAUGAACUAGUGUUCGCCGCCUGCGAGAUCAUCCAGCACGCUUUCAACUUGCCCGGACUAGAACAGUGGCGAUUAACGGCCGGUGAACUGCAGACCUUCUUACUCGCCUGUCGCGCCGCCUAUAAUAACUUUGUCCUCUACCACAACUUCCGUCAUGCGAUUGAUGUCUUGCAGUCAGUAUUCUGCUUCCUGCUUCGCAUCGGCGCUCUCCCUCCUUACGAGCCCUCUGGCCAAAUCUCUACGCCCAAGGCUCCCCUUGUCUCCCUUAUCUCUCCUUUCGACGCCCUCACUUUACUGAUUUCCGCAAUUGGCCACGACGUUGGCCACCCAGGAGUCAACAACUUCUUCCUCGUCAAGCUCAAUGCCCCCUUGGCGCAGCUGUACAACGACAACUCUGUUCUCGAGGCCUUCCAUUGUGCUGCCUUCUCCCAGAUUCUUCGCCGCCACUGGCCUUCAGCCUUCAAAGACAAUCAACUCCGCAAGCUUCUCAUUAGCUCUAUCUUGGCUACUGACAUGGGCGUUCACCAAAAAUUCAUGCAACGGAUGGGGUCUCUGCAGGAGAAGUACCAUGAUAGCCAGAAGUCCGUCGAAGACUGGAAGCUCCAGGAUGUCGAACUGUAUAAGACCCUUCUCUGCGGUUUGUUGAUCAAGUGUGCCGAUAUCAGCAAUGUGGCUCGGCCCUGGACGAUCGCUGAGAGAUGGACGCAAAUCCUGCAGGAGGAAUUUGCCAAUCAAGGUGAGAUGGAGAAAGAGGUCGGAAUGGAGACUGCGCUCUUUGGCGGGCCGCCUGAGUUGGGCAAUAUCUACAAGCUGGCUACCGGCCAAAUUGGAUUCAUGUCCAUCUUCGCGCUUCCGCUCUUUGAGGGUAUUUCCGAUCUUCUUCCCCAAUUGCAGUUUACGGCCGAUCACAUUCGCCGAAACCAAGCGCAGUGGCAGCAGCACGCCAAUGAUGAGCUACGGAAACAGGGACUGCAGGUUGAAGGACGGGCGGAAAGCACGAUAUCUCCUCGCUCGCGAAGUCCUCAUGGCAAAGCGGACGACGAACAGAGCACGCCGAAAGCCGCUCUGAAGCCUGCGGACAGCACGGAAGACCUUCCUUCACCAGGAUCUGAUACAAGCACGGCGUCGCCCAAUGGUGCCUACAAUGAGAACACCAUCGAGCCAGUCGUCUCACCUGAUACUCCUGGUCCUCAAAUCGAGAUUACUGGCACGCCCCUCGCUCCCGACGUGCCAUCAAGAAAAUCCUCGAGUGCCGUGCCGGGCGCCAUGCCAGACCUCUCAUACUUUUCUAUUCCCGGCGGACCACAACCCGGCCGAGGACCUGUUGGACCACAACAUCACACCCCUAUGACCGAUUACUUCCACUCCCCAGGAGAUCCGGCCGUCCUCGCCGCUGCUCUAUAUGCCAACUCGGCCAAUGCUGGCACCGCCGGCAAUUCCAUGACUGCCGCGGAGCACGAGGCUAUCCCCGAAUCUAUCCCCGAGAGACCAAGCAGCUCCCGUCAAGGUCCAUCUGGCCCCCAUCGUCAUCACGCACAUCACAGUUCCUCUGUUCGCACCUCUGCCCCAUCAGGAUCGAACCGCAACAGCUGCACCCGAACCCAGAGUAUCAGCGCAUACAGCAACAACAUGACACCAAUCUCACCCGCGACCAACGCCACAAGCUUCUUAGCCGUGGACAGCGGGGAUGAGAAGCGUGUGUCAGAUGAUAGUGCACCUCAAAGUGAGCUCGGUGACAACAGCACGCGCCCGAGCACAUCAUAUGCUUCAAAUGCCGAUCGGGAUAGCACCUACAGCCGUGGUCUUCACAGCUCCGGCGUGGAUGCAGCCCAAUCACAGCCCGAGAAUGGUCACCACAAAGACUUCCUCCGGGCCGGCUUCAACGGCAGUCGGAGCCCAACUCAGUCCACCACCACCGGCGAGAGCAUCAAAAACCAUGGCUCGCAGGACAGCCACCAGAACGGGGAACGUGGUGGUCUGCACAGGCUCACGAAGCGGCGGAGUCGCCUACGGCUUGCUUUCUGGAAGCGCCGCCCUCACCACCAACACGAGGUACAUGGCGAAACCUGA